GAGAUUGACAACGUCUGGAUCGCCAGUAAACUGAGCCGGGAGCUGCCGCGCUACUUUGAGCUGUGUUUCGGCGAGGUGCGAAUCCGCACGGAUCUGCAGAAGGGCGCUGGGUUCCAGCCUUCCGGCCCGGAGGCUCCCAGGGAUGCCGAUGGAAGCGAAAACAGAGCAGACCUGACCCUUAAACCCUCCCUGCUGAGGCUCCUUAGCCAGCUCUUUUCCAUCCACAUGGACUCCAUCAACGUCAUGGUUCUGCACGUGGCCACCUCGGAGUCUCUCUGGCACAUCCAGGCCAGCAAGACCCGUUUCCUCCUGAAUGGCGAUGGGAAGAGCCUGACCUGUGAGGUGAGCCUGACAAAGGUGAACAGCAAGGUACUGCGGAGCAGCCAGCUGGAUGACGCGUGCCUGGCGGAGCUGGCCCUGGCUCUCUCCCUCUCGCUGGAGAUCAGCAGCAAGCGGCGGCUGGUGGGCGUCCGGCUGCGCAUCCGGACGCUGCAGGCGGAGCUGCACGAAGGGCUCUUCUGCAGCCCGCUGCUGCACCGCAUCACUGCCGGGGAGCAGCCCGGCGCAGGCCAAGGGGAGCCCCCGAAGUCCCCAUCCCUGCUGAGCAGGGACACGCUGCAGCUCAUCCCUGGGAGGGUGGAGGUGAAGCUGGAGAACACCAGCGUGGUGCUGUCGAUGAACAGCCAGAAGAGGCACCUCACCUGGAGCCUGAAGCUGCUGCAGUUUCUAUAUCAGCGUGAAGAGGAGCAGAUCCCGCUGCGCAACUUCACGCCCACCUCAGACCUGGACCAAAUGAGUGUAGACCUCCAGCUGGAGGAUGGCCUUCUCCUGUCCCAGAGCCGCCAGCGCAUCGUGUGCCUCAACUCCCUGAAGACCAGCCUGCAGGUCACAGCCAUUGACCUCUCAGCCGCUGUGCUGCUCAACACCUGCAUCAUCCACUACCGCCACCAAGAGUUUUCCCACUGGCUGGGCCUGUUGGCACAGGAAUACAGGUGCCGGGUGGUGCCUAGCCCCAGCCAAGGGCACAAGGGAAGGAGCUAUCCCCAAAUCCUAGCGCCUGUCAUCCUGUGUGCCUCGCUGUCCAACGUCAACGUGUCAGUGCAGCUGGGGGACACGCCACCCUUCGCCUUGGGCUUCAACUCCAUCUCUGCAGACUACCAGCACCUGCGGCCACAGAGCGUGCACCAGCGCGCGGUGCUGGCCGUGGAUCACUUGUGCUGGCGCGUGGGCAACGACUCGCACAUCCAGCGUGCCCCGCAUCCUCCCAACAUGCACGUGUGGGGAGAAGCCCUCAUCCUCGACUCCUUCAACCUGCAGGGCAGCUACAACCAGCCCCUGGGCAUGUCCAGCGCCCAGUCAGACACGCUUUUCCUGGACUGCACCAUCCGGGGGUUGCAAGUGGAGUCGUCGGACACCUGCACCGAGUGCCUGGCCAGGGUCCUGCCCCUCUUCUGCCCACAGCCCAGCGGAGCCGAGCUUGCCGAGCAGCCGCCCUCUGCCUCAAGUGAGCCCUGGGGGCUGCUCUGGAAGGUGGAUCUGAAGGUGGAGGACGUGAACCUUUUCACACUCUCAGCCCUGGUGGGCGCCCUGGAGCUGCGGCUGGACACGCUGACCAUCCUGGGGAGUGCCGAGAGCUGCACGGUCAGUGUCCAGGGCAUGGUGCUGGCCUUGGUGAAGAGCAUCACGGAGAAGAUGCAGCCGUGCUGCAAAGCUCCUGCCAUCCCCAACCCGGUGGCCAACCUCUCCAUGCUCUCCAUCACCUACCACAGCAGCAUCCGCUCCCUGGAGGUGCAGUGCGGCGAGGGGCUGGCGGUGCUUUGGAGCCCACCCGACCACAUGCACUUGUACCAUCACACCCUGGCCACCCUGCAGUGCCACGAAGCCUUGCGCAGUGUCCUCGGCCACGGGACACCUCCAUCCCUGCCCCCGGGGAGCCCGACGUCCCACCCGGCCACCCCCGCUGAGACAACAGGGCCCCUUCCGCCUGAUGGGACCCCCCCAAAAAGACUCCUAUCGCUGUCCCUGGAGCUGAGCUCUGCCAAACUCACAGCCUUUGUCUCUGAGGCCAACUACAUCAGCCUGGCAGCCGAACGGACCUCCGUGAGCUGGCACGGCGGUGCCCUGCACGGCUACUGCCCCGAGCUGGCCGCCGGCUUUGACGGACACAGCAUCUUCAGCUUCAAGGAGGUGGAGGUGAAGCUGCUGCCGGAGCUGGAGGAGGUCAUCCUACACCGCUGCGCCUUCCCCACCCUCCGCACCCUCCGCAACCGGGGCUGGGCUUUCUCCUUCGCCAGCGUGACCAUCGAGUUCCCCUACCAGUACGACUUCUCCCACACGCUGGAUGCAGCCGUGGGCGUGCAGAAGUGGCUGAAAGGCUUACACCGGCGCGGGCGCCCUGCCAGCGCGGCGCUGCCUCCCGACCUCCUCCUCAAAGUGACGCACUUCUCCUGGGUCUUCCUGGAUGACGUCUUUGAGGUGAAGCUACGGGACAACUAUGAGCUGAUGAAGGACGAAAGCAAGGAGAGCGCCAAGCGGCUGCAGCUGCUGGACGCCAAGGUGGCCGCGCUGCGCAAGCAACACGGCGAGCUGCUGCCCGCCCGCAAGAUCGAGGAGCUCUACGCCUCGCUGGAGAAGAAGAACAUCGAGAUCUACAUCCAGCGCUCGCGGCGCCUCUAUGCCAACACGCCCAUGAGGAGAGCCCUCCUCACCUGGACCCUGGCCCACCUGGAGCUGGUGGCCAUGGCAGAUGAGUCCUUCCACGGCACAGAGCGUGUGUUGGAGCAGAUGAGGGACGUGGAUGGCGUCAGCCCCUUCCCCGCCGAGGGUUUGGAGAUGGUGACCCAGUGGUGCCGCAUGAUGAAGGGCAGAGUUGGCAGCUUCUUUGUGCGGAUCCGUGACUACCCGCGCUACCUCUUUGAGAUCCGGAACUGGCAGCUCUCAGGCCGGCUGAUCGGAGCUGAGCAGUGCGGCCAGGCCUGCUCCCGGCGCCGCCAGGUCCUGAAGCUGGGGCUGCCCUGGGGGGACGCCACGGUGGAGAGGAACAUGCCACCCUUGAAAUUCUACCAUGACUUCCACUCUGAGAUUUCCCAGUACACCAUCGUGUGGGGACCCUGCUGGGACCCAGCCUGGACCCUGAUCGGCCAGUGCGUGGAUCUCCUCACCAAGCCCUCGGAGGACCCCAGUGCCCCCUUGCCCUGGUGGGACAAGAGCCGCCUCCUCUUCCACGGAGACUGGCAUAUGGACAUCGAACAGGCCAACCUGCAUCAGCUGGCCACCGAGGACCCCUACAACACCACGGAGAACAUGCACUGGGAGUGGAGCCACCUCUCCUUCCACUGGAAGCCCGGGCAGUUCGUCUUCAAGGGCAACCUGGACAUCAACGUCCGGACAGCCUCCAAGUAUGACGACUGCUGCUUCCUGCACCUGCCCGACCUAUGCAUGACACUAGACCUGCAGUGGUUGUGCCACGGGAACCCCCACGACCACCACGGCGUGGUGCUGCGCUCCCCCGAAUUCCUGCCCGAGGUGCCGGUGGGGCAGCAGUACGAUUCCUACCGUGCCUUCCGUUCUGAGAACCUCAACCUCUCCAUCCGGAUGGACCUGACGCGGCCCAGCGAGGAGCACUCCCAGCCCCGGAUCCUGCUCUACAGCAGCACCCUCCGCUGGAUGCAGAACUUCUGGGCCACGUGGACCAGCGUGACGCGCCCCAUCUGCCGUGGCAAGCUCUUCAACAACAUGAAACCCAGCAAGAAGAAGCUGGGGCAGCAUUACAAGCAGCUGUCUUACACUGCGCUCUUCCCCCGGCUGCAGGUGCAUUACUGGGCCUCCUUCGCCCAGCAGCGAGGGAUCCAGGUGGAGUGCUGCCAGGGACACAUCUUCACUCGUGGUACCCAGCGGCUUAUCCCGCAAGCCGGGACGGUGAUGCGACGCCUCAUUUCGGAGUGGAGCAUCACGCAGAUGGUGAGCGACCUGAGCCAGGUCACCGUGCACCUCAUGGCCUCCACUUGUGACGAGAACGCCGAGCACCGGCUCGACACCCUGGUGAAGAAAACCCAUCUGCUGAGCCUGUCCUCCCUCACCUACCAGCGGCACAGCAACCGCACGGCCGAGGAGGAGCUGCCGCUGCGGGAUGGGAGGGAACGGAAAAUAGACACACAGCUACAAGCCAAGAAGCUGAAACGAGGCCCGCUCUCUGCUCACUCCGUCCCUGCCAGAGUGACUGUUCCCGUCACCAGCGGCCGGCCCGAGAGAGCUUCCUCGGGGGGUGAGCACGGCCGGGAGGGGGGCAGGGGGAAACCCGCACCCCUGGUCAACUGCCAGAUGGUGCUGCGUGGCGCGGAGACGGAGGGCUGCGUGAUCGUGUCCGCUGCCAAGGCCCAGCUGCUGCAGUGCCAGCAUCACCCCGCCUGGUAUGGGGACACGCUGAAGCAGAAGACAUCCUGGACGUGCUUGCUGGACGGCAUGCAGUACUUCGCCACGACAGAGAGCAGCCCCAGCGAGAGGGAGCACGGGCAGCUCUGGCUCCAGGUGAAAAACAUCGAGGAGCAUCGGCAACGGAGCCUGGACUCGGUGCAGGAGCUGAUGGAGAGUGGGCAGGCGGUGGGGGGCAUGGUCAGCACCACCACAGACUGGAACCAGCCCUCGGAAGCCCAGCAGACGCAGCAAGUGCAGAGGAUCAUCUCCCGCUGCAGCUGCCGCAUGUACUACAUCAGCUACAGCCACGACAUCGACCCCGAGCUGGCCACACAGAUAAAGCCCCCCGAGGCUCCUGCCAACCAGGAGAAGGAGGAUCUGCUGAAGAAGCAGGAGGGAGCUGUGGACACGUUCACGCUGAUCCACCACGACCUGGAGAUCUCCACCAACCCCGCGCAGUACGCCAUGAUCCUUGACAUCGUCAACAACCUCCUGCUGCACGUGGAGCCCAAGCGCAAGGAGCACAGCGAGAAGAAACAACGAGUGCGCUUCCAGCUGGAGAUCUCCAGCAACCCCGAGGAGCAGCGGAGCAGUAUCCUACACCUACAAGAGGCCGUGAGGCAGCACGUCGCCCAAAUCCGGCAGCUGGAGAAGCAGAUGUACUCCAACGUGAAGUCCUUGCAGGAUGACAGCAAAAACGAGAUCCUGCUCGACCUCAACCACAGGCUGCAGCAGCAGCUGAGCCAGGAGAAGGCUGACCUGCAGCUGGAGAGCGAGGAGCUGAACAUCCUCAUCAGGUGCUUCAAGGACUUCCAGCUGCAGCGAGCCAACAAGAUGGAGCUGCGGAAGCAGCCGGAGGACGUGAGCGUGGCACGACGGACCGAGUUCUACUUUGCCCAGGCACGCUGGCGCCUGACCGAGGAGGACGGGCAGCUGGGCAUCGCCGAGCUGGAGCUCCAGCGCUUCCUCUACAGCAAG